AUGCGGGAAUUUCACCGCUUUUUGAGCAUCCUACUACCUUUUCUUCUAGCUGUGGUGGUGUUUGCUUCUCCGCGACUAGAAAGGCUAGAUAACGAUUUGAUAGAGGAGAAGCAAACCUUCAACGAUGCGAAUCAGAAGAUUCUACCGCUAGAUUUGCGCUUGCUUAGUGACUGGAAAUUGUCUGAUUUGCUACUAGUCAGUGAUAUCGAUGGUAACUUACACGGUGUAGAAAGAAACACCGGUGCUUUCUUAUGGUCGUUGCCUAUUGAUGAGCCACUAGUUCAGAUUCUGAAGAGCGAGUCUAAAAUCGGCGAGGACAACACGGAGUCUAAUUUACUAUGGUUCGUCGAACCAGCCCGUGACGGCUCUCUCUACUACUUUUCGCCUCUGUACGGCUUGAACAAACUUCCUACGUCCAUCAAAGACUUGGUGAUGGAGUCUCCUUUCUCUCUCAGUGGAGACAAUAAGAUAUACACAGGGGCUAGGAAAACUUCGUUGUACACAAUCAACCUUAAUACUGGCCAGAUCAAGAGCCACUUUGGUGCGUCAGAAGAGGAUGAAUGUCCAGUUCCUAACGUGUAUGGAACACCUCGUUUCGCUUCAGGUGGAGACAGCAAUAUCAUUAUGAUAGGAAAGACCACGUAUGAAUUGGUUAUUCACUCCAAGCUAGAUGCUAAUCUUGUGUGGAACGUCACAUACUCUCAGUGGGGUCCCAACAACAUCGACAACGAUUUGAUUGCCCAACAUGUGCAAUCCAUUGACAACCUUUACUUUACUCCUUUCCACGACAAGUCGUUACUUGCUAUCAACAGAAACAUUGGAACUCCUUCAUGGAUCAGCAAGCUUCCCUCGUUGGCUGUGGAUGUUUUCGAUGUUUUUAGUCGAGAUGGAGAAUACGUUGUAUUGCCUCAUCCAUCCAAAGUCUUGAACGACUUGCAGGUGCAUAGCAGCGGAAAUUCGGAUUAUGGUAAUAAUGACUUAUGCUUCGUCAAUAAGACUGCCAACGGCAAGGAAUGGUUUGCCAUGAGCUUUCCUAACUACCCCACUUUGCUCAAAUCUGCGCCUGUUUCUCAAUAUCAAAUGGCCCUCUAUAGGUACGAAAAUGGUCUCUUAGAUGACUCCAGUGUACACCAUUUGAGUGACUUCAAUGUUUCUCUCGAGGAUGCAGAACAAUUCAUAAAUGGAGUCCAUAAAGUCAACCACCUAGGACCGGAGAAUAUGUACCAGCCCGUGUCUAAGUUUCACAAGAUAACUCCCCAAAUUGGCGAUGGCUCUGAAUCACAGGAUGCUGAACCUCCUGUGCCCACUGGUGGGAAACUGCAGCAAAUUCCAAGCUUGAUGGAUGGUAUUCUUUUUCCUAACACUCCGGAUCAGGUUCGUGUCGAUGUAUCCACUCUUGAUAGAGAUGGUAAUAAUCUAUAUGAAGACACUUACUCUAGAUCAAGGGUUCCAUCAAGAUUAGUGUCAGAGGAUCGUAUUUUUGACAAGAUUCCUCAGCAAAAGUUGUCUGUAUUUCGCCGCAUUGCUGAAGACUUGUUGGUGAUGUGUACCUUGUUAUUGUUCCUACUAGCAUUUGGAAAGAUAAACCAAAUUCUCAAGAAUAAGAAUAUGCCUUCUGAGAAACAAAUGCCGGAUAAUUUGAAAAGCGAUGCUUCUCAAGAUGUCAGCCGGGAUAUUUCAGGAGAAGCUAAGGAAGACUCGUCGGAAGAUACUUUGACCGAGAAACAGACUUCACACAAAAAGGUCACAAUCGUGGCUCCUGGGGACACACUGGAUACUCUACUUGAAGAGACUGAAACGAUAGUUGGUGACCUCGAAAUUUCCGAAAAGAUACCCGAUGAUGAGGAUAACGAUCUACUCACUACCAAGAAGAAAAGAAAGAGAGGUAGUCGCGGUGGAAGGAGAGGCGGCAAAGGAAAGAAGUCUUCUACCAAAGAUGAAGACGAUUAUAAGCUCGAUAUGCAAGACGCCAACAAGGAAGUGGAUGAGAAAAGCGACAGAAGUGAUCUAAAUGAUGAAGACGACGACGCAGACGAGCCCGUCGAACCAAUUCAAACAAAAUCUCUUGUUAAGAACAUGAUUAGGCCAUCGACACAAUUGAAGAAACUUCAGAUAGAUAACAAUUUGGUCAUUUCAGAUAAAAUUCUUGGGUAUGGUUCUCAUGGUACGGUGGUUUACGAGGGUUCUUUCGAAAACAGACCUGUUGCUGUCAAGAGAAUGCUUCUUGACUUCUAUGAUAUCGCAAACCACGAGGUGAGACUCUUGCAAGAGUCGGAUGAUCACCCGAACGUGGUUCGGUACUUCUGUUCUCAGUCCAGCGAGUCAGAAAAGUUCUUGUACAUUGCUCUAGAAUUGUGUGUUUGUUCUCUUGAGGAUAUCAUUGAAAAGCUGAGAUCGUAUCCGAAGACUUUGCGGAUAGACAUAUCCACAUAUAACGAAGUUUUGCUUCAGUUGGCUAGUGGUUUGAAUUACCUUCAUUCACUCAAGAUUGUGCAUCGUGAUUUGAAACCACAGAAUAUAUUGGUUGGUGAAGUGACCCACAGAAAUCUGAAACUUAAAACAACACUGACCACCAUUAGAUUGUUGAUUUCUGAUUUUGGAUUAUGUAAGAAGCUUGAUGCAGAUCAGUCUUCUUUCCGUGCAACCACUCAACACGCUGCCUCCGGAACUUCUGGAUGGAGGGCUCCCGAAUUGCUCUUGCAUCAUGAUCUUUCAGAGAUAUCUCCUGAUACAAUUUCUUCAAUUGGUUCGACAUCACGUCACUCCAUCAAAGAUGGUUCUCAAAGCAAUGGACAAGGUAAGAGGCUUACUAAAGCCAUCGAUAUUUUCUCGUUGGGAUGUGUGUAUUACUACAUUCUCUCGGGUGGUGGCCAUCCAUUUGGAGACAGAUAUUUGAGGGAAGGUAACAUUAUCCGGGGAGACUACAAUUUGAGACCACUCAUGGAGUAUUGUCCGCAUGAUUAUGUUGAGGCUACAGAUUUGAUCGAAUCGAUGAUUAGCUUCAACCCGAAUGAUCGUCCAGAUACUGCGCACAUUCUCAAGCAUCCAUACUUCUGGACUUACAGCAAGAAGUUGGAGUUUUUAUUAAAGGUCAGCGACCGUUUUGAAAUUGAGAGGAGAGAUCCUCCCAGUGACCUUUUGCUCUGUCUCGAGCUGGUUGGAAAGAAGGUUCACAACAAAGACUGGCUUUCCAAGUUUGAUAGUGUUUUCACCGACAACUUAGGAAAGUACAGAAAGUACCACACAGACAAGGUGAUGGACCUUUUGAGAGCAUUGCGUAACAAAUAUCAUCACUACAACGACAUGCCCUCGGAUCUUCAAUCACAGAUGAGUCCAUUGCCACAUGGAUUCUACGGGUACUUCAAUAGUAAGUUUCCAAGACUAUUGAUGGAAAUUUACUACAUUGUGAGGGACAACCUCAAGGAUGAACACUUGUUUCAAGAGUAUUACUGA